GCGAAAAAAAACGUCACCACAGUCGUUCCAUACUACUGAAGUGGGUAACGCAGUUAGAGAGAAUCUGAAUAUAAUACCUAUUGGAGAUAACAUACUUCGUCAACAUGAAGGGUAUUAUCUUGCUGGUGCUGGGAAUAGGCCUUCUUCAUACAGCAUCUGCUGUGACUCACUCCCUGAAGUAUUUCUACACCGCAUCUUCUGAAGUUCCCAACUUCCCAGAGUUCGUGGUUGUGGGGAUGGUGGAUGGUGUUCAGAUGGUUCACUAUGACAGCAACAGCCAAAGAAUGGUGCCCAGACAGGACUGGAUGAACAAGGCAGCAGAAACACUGCCACAGUACUGGGAGAGUCAGACAGGGAUUCUCAAGGGUACCCAGCAGACUUACAAAGCCAGCAUCGAUAUUGUAAAGCAGCGUUUUAACCAAAGUGGAGGUGUGCACACUUUCCAGAACAUGUAUGGUUGUGAAUGGGAUGAUGACACUGGAGCCACAGAGGGUUUUUUUCAGUAUGGAUAUGAUGGAGAGGAUUUCCUGGCAUUGGACCUGAAGACAAAGAAAUGGAUCGCUCCAACACCACAGGCCGUCAUCACCAAACACAAGUGGGACAGUAACACAGCUAAUGAGGAGCGGAGAAAACAUUACCUCACCCAGGAGUGCAUUGAGUGGCUGAAGAAGUAUCUGGACUAUGGGAAGAGCACUCUAAUGAGGACAGUCCCUCCCUCUGUGUUUCUGCUCCAGAAGACCCCCACCUCUCCAGUGACCUGCCACGCGACAGGUUUCUACCCCAGUGAUGUCAUGGUGUCCUGGCAGAAAGACGGACAAGAUCACCAUGAAGAUGUGGAGUAUGGAGAGACUCUCCCCAACGAUGACGGAACCUUCCAGAAAAGCAUCCACCUGACAAUGACACCUGAGGACAGGAAGAACAACAAGUAUCAGUGUGUGGUUCAAGUCAAGGGUAUCAAGGAGGACUUCAUCGGGGUUCCGCCUGACCAGGAUGCCGCCAACGUUGUCCCCAUCAUUGGAGGGGUGGUAGCUCUCCUCCUGGUCGUCGUUGUUGUUGUUGUUGGGGUCGUCAUUUGGAAGAAGAGGAGCAAGAAAGGCUUUGUUCCGGCCAGCACUUCCGACACUGACUCUGACAACUCUGGAGGUGUCAAGAAGAUUUGAGAGACCUCUGCUCUUCAGGAACAUCAGAGAAGGCGCUGAAGAGGACCUUCUCAAGAACAUAACACACAUAUACAUAUACUUGCGCACACACACACACAACACAGGAGGUUGGUGCCACCUUAAUUGGGUAGAGCGGGCUUGUGGUAAUUGCUUGAGUGGAAUAGUACCAAAUACAUCAAACACAUGGUUUGAUCUACUCCGUUCCAGCCAUUAUUAUGAGCUGUCCUCCCCCUCAGAAGCCUCCUGUGACACACACACACUGUAAACACAGAUCCAUACAUUAACAAAAAAAUCUGUUGUCAAAAAUAUUAUUUGGUGAUUUUCAUUUGAACAGUUUUACUUUCAUUUAAUCUAUGGUUUGGCUUUUUAAAGUGUUGUAAUGUGUUUUUAAUUGUUAAAUGUUAUAUUGCCACUUUGUGAGGUAUAUCUCAUUCUUACAGCUAUAGUAGAAUCAACGGAACACCAUGAAAGUGUCUUUCUGGAAAGGAUUAGAUUGUUGUGAGAUGUUAAAUUAUGAUUUUAACUUAAGAUUAUUCUACAAAUAAAAAAUAAAUUAGCUUGAUUUUCUCUUAACUGAAGCCAUAAAAACAACCACAUUUAAAAGGUAUUGCUGUAAACCAGAAAAACUCUAUUAUUUUGUGUAGUGUAGCUGCACGUGUGUAGGUUUUAGUGGGAUAACAUACAGUAAUUGUGUGUGACAUGUUUGAACUUUGCUCACAAUGUAACAUUCUUAAUUAUGGCCAUAAACCAGACAAGGCCUUUCAUCCACAUGUUCCAUUUGUAAAUGUUUCUCUUUUAACGAAAGUGGCUUUAUUGCUGUAGUUUUUAUGAUACGUUUGAUUUCUGAUAUUUUUUGGGGUAGUUGGUUGUGUAAAAAUAAGUUGGUGAAGGGGCAAGUUGAACAAUUAUUUUAUUGCAACUGUUUGUGCUUUGUACAUUAUGGAUGCUCUACACUGCAAUGAUCGACCAAAUCUAAUACAAGUCCAGAAAACAGGAUUGUAAAUGUGAUCCAUCUAAGAGAUACAUAAUGAAGCAGCGAAACAACAAAUUAGAGACCAAAUUCAUGCGUUCUGUCAUAAUGUUCUUACACUUUCAAUAAAGUCUACAAAAUUUGAAUCAAA